AUGGCGUUUCACGAAUCGACGCAGCACUCGUUCUGGCUGUUCUCGAGCCAAGACGACCUCGCGCGGUUGCGAAGCAGCAUCAACCAAGAGGCAGUCGACCGCUUGACACGGAUCCAUGCGACACACGGCACAAACGACGAUGGCAAGUACCUCACAAGCGAGGACGAGCAGCUGUACCUGGCAUUCUAUCUGCAGCAGCUUGCUGAGGCCGUCGUCCCGGCGUUUCCGUUUCCACUGGCAGUCAAGCGAUUCUAUCUCACAACGUCUGUGAUGGACUAUCAUCCCAAGCACAUCAUCUUGACUUGCUUCUAUAUGGCUUGCAAGACCGAGGAAAUCAACAUUGAUCUAAGCGCAUUUGUGACCAACCUUGAGCUCAGCGAAAGCGAUUCCGCACUAAUUCUGCAGCUCGAAAUCAUUCUGGUGCAGCGGCUACACUUUCAUCUCGUCGUAUUUCAUCCCAUGCGCUCGCUGCGUGGUUUUUUCUACGACGUCCGAGCGCGAGGCGCCGUUUCCCAAACAGCAGAGCUGGAGGCUGCGUACCGCGAUGCCAAGGCGUUGAUUGACCAGAGUUUCAUGACAGACGCGUGUUUCCUCGCUCCGCCAUCGCAACUCGCGUUGGCCGCACUUUGCAUCGCCUGUGCCAACCACGGCAUUGAUCUUACAAGUUACAUUUCUGCCAACCUACAGGCUGCCGAUAAACCCGAGCAGACUACUCAGCUGACAGAGUCGCUGGAGCGAGCAAAAACCUUGAUUCAGAUGAAAGCGACCGAGAUUGACUCUAGCAAGCUCAAACGUGUGGACAAGAAGUUGAAAAAGUGCCGCAAUCCCGAGCUGGAUCCUGAUUCUCCCGUAUAUGCAAAGGUGUAA